CUGCCUUCCUCUCACAACAGAGCCAGCCGGUGCAGCGUUGACUGUUCUCAUUGCCAUGCUGUCUUAAUGUCCUUAAUGUCGCUCCUAUGAAAUCCAUAUUCGGUGAAACUAGACCUCAGUUACCUUCAAAAUCGUAUAUUGAUAUUCUUUAUUGUUUACAUUUUUUUGUUUAAAUAUCGCAUCUUCUCGUUCUAUCCCAUUUAAGUACAACAACGGACGAAUCGUCUUUGCUGCUGUUAAGAAGAUUGUUUUUUCUUUCGGUUUCCAAUGCUUGAAUCAAUAAAAGUAACUGAACGGCUUCACUGGCCAGAGCUGGAGCUCUCUAAGAAGUAUUUAUUAAGUCCUAUGGACAAACCCGUUAGUUUGAGUCAAGUGGGCCUUCAGAAACUUUCCUCCAGCAUCCUCAAAGAUAUUUUCACCACUGGAAGCAGCAGUUAUAAUGUCCUGCUGCAACAUGAAGAAGGGAAGAAACGACCAGUACAGCCUUUUUCCACUCGUCAUAAAAAGCUGAAGAAGUCUGUGAGAUGCUCGUCCACAGUAUACAGUAAAGAACAGCACAAGGGCAUUGAUCCAUUGCCACUGGUGGCCCCAGAGUGGUCUGGGGACACCAAGCAGUCUGUGGUCUUUAGGGGAGGCUGUUUCUCCAGCAGCACAAAAAUCAAUCAUGCUAUCACUGUCACGGGGAGCUCUAUGGGCUUGUCUCCGAGACCCAGGGGCAGGACAAGGAGAAUGUGUUUCUCCAGUCUGCCAAAGACAAAACUCCCUCUCCUGCCUAAAGGCUCCAUGAGAGAUGGGGAGAACACUUUCAGGAAGCUCUGUAUCCUGACUGCCAUCAAACCUUCGAAUGUGGAAAAGGAAAAGGUGAAAUUCUUCAACUCAGACUUCACAUACAACCCUCAGUUUGAGUACACCAGUCCUGUCCCCCCUCUUGUCUUGGCAAAACAUAAUAAUGCAUCUGACAGAUUUCUAACACAGGCAGUGAGGAUCAUGGAACUGGCCCUGCAGAAGUAUGGAAACUAUGAAACAUUUGAGCAGGUGACUGGUGGCAGCCUUCUUUCGAAGAGCCGGAUAUGGAACCAUGUGAAAAAAUACAUGGAGAAAGAAGGUUGUAUGGGAGAGAUUGUGGUUCACUUGACAAAUGACCUUCUCUCCAGAGCCUCAAUGACAGUAGUCAACGGCCGUCCAACUCUAACCAUCAACAUCUCCACUGCUCGGGAGCACUGGCUGGAAGGCAUGUUAAGGCACGAAAUAGGCACUCAUUAUUUCCGGGGCAUUAAUAACAGCCUCCAGCCCUGGUGUAACUGGAGUGGGCGGAAAAGGCACAGCCUGAAGCCCAUCAACCCCACAGAGGAGGGCCUGGCCAGCAUCCACAGCGUGCUUUUCCGCAAGGACCCCAUGCUGUGGAGAGCCGCACUGCUCUACUACACCGUAUACCAGGCCAGCUGCAUGUCCUUCACUGAGCUCUUCCACUCGGUGGGUCGCUUUGUCAAAGACCCCAAUACCCGCUGGGACUAUUGCGUACGGGCCAAGAGGGGUCAGACUGACACUGCUGUUCCAGGUUGUUUCAGUAAGGACCAGGUUUACUUGGAUGGUAUCCUCAAAAUCCUGAGGCACAGAGAAAAAAUCAACUUUCCACUCUUGACAGCUCUAGGGAAGGUUUCUUAUGAGGAUGUGGACCGUCUGAAGGAUUUGGCCACGAUGGACAAAGUUCGGAUUCCCCACUUCCUGCAGGAUCAGACCCGCUACAUGGAGCAACUUAACAAGAUCAUGGAUGCCAACCAGCUCACUGACGAGGAACUGCAGGCUCUAAUCUGAAUCCCUGCUUCUCCACACCUCCCAGUCUCAUCUGUCCAAGAAUGAAAGCAUUGAAAAGAAACAAGACUAUAAUUAACUGGUCGGUUCCAACCCUUUUUAGGUGGUUAAACUGAACUUCAUGACAAACACUAAUACUACAGUGCUUAUAAAAACAACAAUAAUAAUAGUAAUACAGUUGUGAUACAAAAUAAUUUGUUUUGAACAUUUAAUGUUUUCUACAUAUUCUUAGUCUCUGUAGACAAAAAGUAAAUUGUUCACUAUUCUUCUUUAAGAAGUGUUUGUUACAUGAAGGGGAUGAUAAAUUUAUCGUUUUGGUCUAUUUUCACUUAUAAGUGCACCUAACCUACAGCAACAGCCUUGUUCACACAUACAGUAUCUAAUGUCAGCUUCUGAAAAGAUCGUUUUACAGUGAUUCAAUUACAUUUUUACACAACGUUUUUUACAGAGCUAUAACAAGAAUUGUAAUUUGACAUUUGAAAAAUGGUUCAUUACCCAAAAUAAUGUUUAGCAAAUACACACAUCAAAAUGAAGUGCUGUGGUCAUUGUUUAUACUGAGUAAAACCUACAAUCACUGUGAAAUGACAGAGUUCUUCAGCUUUUGAUCUCCUAAAGUACCAAUACUGCUGCUACUCCAACAUCUUGUAUGGAUUCUGUGAAAAGGUUUGCACUUAAUAUUUUAUCUUAAUCUUCAAAGUUUAAAGGCAAUGAAUUGUAAUGAGAAAUUGUUCUUAAAAGCACAGAGCAAAGUGAAUAAAAUAUAA